UUAAAAAAUAUUUUAAUCUUCUAAGAUUUUUUAAAUUAUCAAUUGAGAUUAUCUCAUGAAAUAAAUAUUAAAAAAAUAAAUAUUUAACAAAGAAUUCUCAUAAAACAAAAUAUGAUUAUUUUUACUAUGAAAUUAUUCAAUACUCUAUGGUUUUCAUUCCAAGUCCAAUUCAUAAUUAUGUUGUUAAUGUACAUUUAUCAAGUCACAUCAGAUUCGAAUGGUUGCAAAAUCAAUAUUGUAACUGAUUUAUCUUCAGAAUUUCCAUUAAUAUUGGAUCCUCUAGAUAAAGAGAUCAUACACCCUGAUAAUUAUAACACUAUUCAUGUAGAUGUUGGAAAAUAUUUGUUGUUAGCAUGUCCAGACGGACAAUUAAAAAAUAAUAAAAGCAUAAAUAUACAGAAAAUUGAGUGCUCCGGUAAUAAUCUAUUUGGUUUAGACAAAGAAAAGAACAAAAUAAGUCACUUUAUUUGUGACAAAAGUCCACAGUCAGUUAUAAAAAAAUUAGAAACGAGAAUUACAGCCUACGGUGAGAAGAUUGUGCACUAUAAAAUAGGAUUUGACUUGAAGCAAGAAGGAUUCUUAAAACAAUAUGACUUGUAUUUUGACCAAAGUAACUUAACUCCUUUAUAUACAAUUCAUAAGCUUGCAAGCAACUUUAAUACAGUCUAUCAAUUUACCAAACAAUCCAAUUUAGAAAGAGAAAUAUUUAAAUAUAGUCCUGGUUUUCAAGACGUCUCUACCAUAAGAGUAUAUAAAAAAUCCAAUCAAUAUAAUAUACUUCACAAUUAUUUACCAAAGAACGUUGCAAAAAAAUAUACUGAAAAUGGUCACAUAUUAUUAAGAGGUAGUCUAGUACCGAAGAAAGACUUUCCAUACACAUCACAACAAAAAGCAACACUUUAUUAUUUUAAUACCGCGCCACAGUGGCAGAAAUUUAAAUAUGGAAAUUGGAAAAUUUUAAAUAACAGUAUAAGACGUUUAGCUGAAGAUCGUAAAACAAAUAUAUCAGUAUAUACUGGUGUACAUGGAGUUUUAAAUAUCCAUGGAAAACCUAUUUAUUUGACUUAUACUUCUUCUGGAAAAACUGCAAUACCAGUGCCAUCUGUAUUUUGGAAGAUAGUUCAUGAUGUAGAUACGGACCAAGCAAUAGUGUUUAUAGGUUGUAAUGAUCCAUUCGCAAACCGCUUUGGUAACUCAACAUCGCAAUUUUGUACAAAAAGUUUGUGUAAACAGCUUAACUGGGUCUCAUUCGAUACCGAUCCAUUGAAAGGUGUUAUGAACUGUUGCAGUUAUAAAGAUUUCAGUAAGAUAAUUAAAGUUCCUCAAAUAGAAGUCAAUGAUAUUUUAUUAAAGAAAGGUCUAAAUGAGUGAUUUUUAGUAUUGAUAAUAAUUGAAAUAGUUCUUUGAAUAUUAUAAUUGAUAUUUUAUAAACAAUUAUUUUUAAUAAACUUAUAUCUUAUAUCUUACAAAUAUUAUAACUAAUAUUAUUUU